GGUUGUCUGUCACCUCUUGGCCCUCCGCCUCUUUCCUCACAGGGGGUAAACCGCAUUAACUUAAGAGGCUGCACGGAGGGGAAUUAAAACCUUGCCAAAGACUUUGAGUUUACUCUAAUAUCACUGAUUUCCUUGCAUUUACAACGAGUAAAGACACUUGCUUGUGUUGCAGUUGGAGCUGUGGAUAAAUCAUACAACCUUGUUUUCUACGCCUUAUGUUGAUGGUUUAUGUCAGAGUAAAAUAUUUCCCCUGCAACUGCGGCAGCUUUAAACUCUACAACCCCGCCCCUCAGCACUAUCACAUGAAUCUGGACUCAACAGUGGAUGUGAAAAAAGUUUGGAGGAAUACGGAGAGAGGGGGGAAACGGUCUGGCUGCUUGAAGAUUUGUUUCGACACCGAAACUUGGCGACAUGGACGCGCACCGCGGCGUGCCUGCGGCCGGGCAGCAGAUCGUGCACGUCCGCGGGGACUCGCAGACGGAGCUCGAGGCCCUGUUCAACGCCGUGAUGAACCCCAGCGAGUCCGUCCGACAGCCGCCCUCUCUGCCCAUGAGGAUGAGGAAACUCCCGGACUCCUUCUUCAGGCAGCCGGACUCCCGAGGCCACUCCAGACAAGUACUAAAACACUGCUGCAAAAAGCCAGUUCAGAUGGAGGUGUGUGCGGCUCCCUCACUCCUCAUCAGCACGCCCGUUCCCAUUCCUCCCCGGCCUCCCUCCCACUCAACUCGCUCUCCACUCAAGCAGCAGAUGUAGCAGCGGCGGCGGCGGCGGCAGCAGCAGCACUCAUACCUGACGACAUGCCACUCCCCCACGGUUGGGAAAUGGCCAAAACGCCCACUGGCCAACGUUAUUUCCUCAAUCACGUGGAUAAGACAACCACUUGGCACGACCCUCGAAUCGCGCAGCUUCAGUCGGCUGCAGCUCAGCAUCCCAUCUCCGGCACUCCGAUCCACGCCCACUCCCUCAGCAACCCUGCUCCCACUACGCUACAGCAGAACAUCAAUCCAGAGACAGGUCCACUGCCUGAAGGCUGGGAGAAGGCUGUGACUGCAGAUGGAGAGGUGUACUACAUCGAUCACAUAAAUACGACCACCGCAUGGGUCGACCCGCGUCUAGCCCAGAAGAUGAUCCCUGGUCUCCAUGGUUUGGCACUGCAGCAGAGGCAGGAAAAGGAAAGGCUCAGAUGCAAACAAGGCCUGCCUCCACAACACACACAGGAGGCAGGAGGAAGGAACCAGAUGCCCGGUGGGAUGGACCAUGACAGGAACGCACUAACACUUGUCCCAUCUCUGGAUGUCAGGAUCAGAUCCUCAAACCACGAGCCAACACUCAAUGGCGCUCACUCUCGCAAUGAGAGCACCGACAGCGGCCUGAGUGUCAGCAGCUUACCCCGCAACUCAGACCACAUGCUGAGCUCUGUGGAUCACAUGGACACUGGUGACUUAGUGGAGACCUCCUCGAUGUCCUUACAGGAUUCGAUGCCUGUGCUCCCGAUGUCCGAUGGCGAGGAGCUGAUGCCGUGCAUCCCAGAGGGUCUCAGUUCAGACCUCCUGAUGGACAUGGAGACAGUUCUCUCCGGGUCGCACAUGGACAGAGACAGCCUGCUCACCUGGCUAUAGACACACCCAGCCACCACCCAACAAUCAUCAAAUCUUCAUGACGGAGAAUUUUGGAGAAUCUUCAAAAGUGGUACAGACCAAGGUCACUGAGAGAGUAUGCUACUGCUGUGUGAUGGAUCCCUAACACUCCUUGCACACUGAGGAAAGACAAAGCCUGACUCUCGCAGACGGUGGUAAGCUGCUGGUGUUUUCCUCUUUUUGGGCCUUGGUCUUAUGGAGAUGCAUGACGGAGCAUCCAUAUUUUUACAACACUCUUUCCUUUUAGUCAUCGGCCUCAAAUGAUGCUCCCCACGUAUCUUGUAAAGUGCGUCACAGCUUAUUUUAGAGUGCAGUUAUCUUUUAUUAUCCCCACUUGGGUGAUUGAGUUUGCAGUAAACUUUUAAAACACAGUGUCAAGUCAAUAAAGUCUUCAUGUAGCAUUUACAUAAAUGCAAGAAAGACUUGUUCAAAUAGCAUUAAAGUUGUUUUAAAGGAUAUCAUAUCCACAUUGCCCGUUGUUACCUCAUUUAGCUUGUGGGAUAAAAAAGAGCAACAUCUAGUGCUACUACCUCUAAGCAGCCUAACUUUAUGCUCACAGUCCAAAACAUGUUGUUAAGAAGCAUCAGGACUGAGAGCAAGAGAUCAAUCAAAGAAGUUAUUAUGAUUUACACUACAUUGGUUCCAUAAAACCAAAAAUGUCUGCUCUUAUAAUCAAAGCUCACACUAUUACUGCUUCACAUAAACAUCAGGGUGAGAGGAUGCACCCUUGUGGUGAGCCAGUAGAAGAUCAAGAACACUAAUAGAGAUUUUACUCAGACUUUAAAGGUGGGGUAGGUAAGUUUGAGAAACCGGCUCGAGAUACACUUUUUGUUAUAUUCCAUGGAAUGCUCUUAACAUCCCGAUAGCAAUGAAUAUCUGAAGUGCUUUGACAAAAAAUCCAUAAAAAAGUGUCAUCUGUGGAAGCCGUAGUACUGUAAAAGCACGACCAAUCAUUUUAGCCGGCCCGGCUAAAAUAACUGGAUGGCCUACCUGCCUGUCAGCUUUCCAUCUGUACACAAACUUAUCUCGUGCCCUCAUUGGUCAUGUGCGCGUUUGUGUGUGUUGGAGGAGGGGCUCUGUAAGGAAGUGGCAGAUUUUUUCCGGCUGUGUAUUUUCAAAUUCUAGCGCACUCGAGCUGGUUUCUCCAAAAUUACCUACCCCACCUUUAAGUUAAAAUGCUCACAAACCGAAAAACAGUAUUAAAACCAGAGUCACUACGAAGUCUGUGUGGAAUAUCGGAGGAGUUUUUUUGUAAUUACUAUAUGAUGAUAAGCUUGAUCUGAGGUCACAGUGGAGACUUCGUUUCUAACAAAUCAAAACCCCGCCUUCACAUUAAGAGAAAUGAAGGCAACAGCAGGAGAUGAACUCUUAACUAUUGGCACUAACACUGCAGCCAAGUGUGUUUUGAGGACUUUUUUUAUAGAAAGGAAUGCUGGAAUGAGGAUGUCUACAAUUAAUGAACACAUGUUCAGUAUAAUGCAAUCCAACAACAAUACGGGGUUUUCCCCAUCUGGUCCUCUGGUUAAUAGCCCAAACCAAAGCCACACUAUGGACUUUGCAGUGUGAAAUAGCUCUGCUCUUUAUUUUUAUUUCAUUAAAGUCUGUUCUGCAGUCUAAAUGACUGCAGACAAAAUCACAAUUGUUUAAGUAACUAAUAUUUAGGUUGUCUUAGUGUUUGAUGAAUUGGUUUGCAUUUUAUUUUUAAGUGUUUUAGUAAUUGUUUCCCACUCCAGCAUUAAAUAUAAGCUCCACAAAGGUAGUAUUUAUUGGCGAUUAGUUGUAUUGGAUUGCAUGAUAUUGUACAGUUGUAAAAUGAUUAUGUCCACCCUUUGUUUAAGAAACGAAGCCACAAAGUUGCCAUAAGGGCAAGGACACUAUCUCUCCUUAGUGUGCAGCAGAUAUUGUAUCUCUCCUGAAACAUAAAUGGAAAUUAUUCUAUCAAUACUUCUUCUCACUUUUCCAAUAAUAGCUUUAUACAUUUCUAAUAAUUUACCUUUCCAUAUUGUAUCUAUUUUUCCAGUCAUAGGUUUUCAACAGAAAGAAACAGAAUCUCAGCCAUAUUUGAAAACUUUUAUCUAAUUAAGUCAAAUACUUUUCCCAUUUAUUACCAACAUUCAGUUAGCAGACUCCUAAAACUUGCUUGACUCAUUAACUCGAUGUGUUUUUGGUGGAUCACAGUACAGUCAUCCAUUAUACGAAACACAACUUGUCUGAAGUAAUAUAAAUGAAAAUAAGAAUAGUACAAUAUUACAAUCAUAUUUUUCAGGGAAAAACAAUCUUUCAUUUGAACCCAUUAAUGUAAAGGUACACCGUAACACUGUAAAAUCCCUCACAUGUAAAUAACUCUUAACUAGUUCAAAAGUCAGUUAAUGGUAAGGAAUUGCACUACAGAAGCACACUAAAAGAUUCUACUAUUACAUAUCCAGAUUGUUGACAUAUAUGGAUAAGAAUCCUGAAACAAUAUCGAAUACAUUCAAGUUUCUAAAGUAGAGCAACAUCGCAGCAAUGUACAAUGUUUUUGAUUUGUUGUAAAUACACUAAAACGUGCAAAAUCCUGUAAUAAUCAGUACCAUUAAGAUAUUAAUUUGCUACCACACUAUAGAGUUAUAAUUUCCUCUGUCCAUGGCUGAAGUUUUCCACUCUUAAGACUUGUUUUGUAAGUGGGAAUGAUGCAAAUAUGUGCAACAUACUAAUUGUGGAUGCUGUGUUCUUGGUAUAUUUUGUUUUAACUGCAAGAGCUCUCUGGUGCUGUAAUACAGAAGGCAAUCAUUAAAAAGCGGAGCUCUUGAAUUCUCCUCUUUUAGUUACUACUACUACUACUAUAUAAAAAAGUAUAUAAUCUGUGUCUUUACCUGCUGGGUUGUUUCUGCAGUGUGUUUUAUAUUUUACCUAAAUUGGAAGCUGUUAACAAUUGGAGAGAGCGUUUCUUCUUACCAGCUUCUUUUUUACAUUAAACAGUAUUUAGAGGUUGAGAUGUUCAUGUCAUGCCCACAUAAAAAGCCAAGUCAACUAAUAUCUUCUAAAUUAAGCUACCAUGGGCCUGGAGAGACUUAUUGUUUAUACACACAAUGCCACACACUACCUAGCCUUUUAUUUAUCUUAGCAUGCAUGACACUUGCUAUGUAUGUUACAUAUAAUGAUUUUUAUUAUCUUAUUUACAGAGAAUUUGGAGGCAAUCAGACUUGUUUUGUACCUUUUGUAUGCAUGUGCUUUAUAUAAAUAUAUUUCUUCUUACUCUCACUGUAAUCAUUUUAAAGGAGUUUCUGUUGAAUAAACUUUUAAAUAUACCU